AUGGCCAGCCGCAGCGGCCAAGAUAAAGGACAAGGAGAGGCAGUCGAUCUUGCAUCCCUUAGCGUACAACAACUUAGUGCGGUGAAGAAGCAGCUUGACGGAGAAGUCGAGCACCUAUCAACAUCGUACGCGCAGUUGGUGGCCGCUCAGGGGAAGUUUAAAGAAUGUCUGCGCAUUGUCAAGGACAGAGCUUCAACGUUUGAGAAGGAUAAAUCCGUUCUCGUUCCCCUUACCAACUCCCUCUACGUCAAGGGAAAGCUGUCUGACCCGGAACAUGUGCUCGUCGAUGUCGGAACGGGCUUCUACGUGGAAAAGGACACGACCAGCGCAGCUGAGUUUUACGAAGGCAAGAUCAAGGAGCUAGCGACCAACAUCCAGGGACUGGAGGGCAUUGUGCAGGCAAAAACAGUGAAUCUCCGUGUUGUGGAAGAAGUCCUUCGGCAAAAAGUACUCGCUUCAAACGCUGCUGGAACGGGAGCAAAGCAAUCUUCAUGA